AUGUCAAACUUUGACUUAUCUUUACUCGACCCUCCGCACUUGCCUUUGCCUGAGGCUCAGGCGCCUGUCGAGGCUGCACCGGCGCAGGAAAUUCCUGAGCCUGUGCCUGUCGUUGAAUCUGAGGAUGACCGUGUACUCCACAUCUGGAACGCGCUGUUGCCGUCGGUCUGGAGGACAUUGAGUCGUGGCUCCGCCAAUGUGCACGUCUGCAUGCGCAACACGCUGAAGGCUGAGACAUUGCUCCCCAUCAGAGAUGAGGAGAAGGAGGACUUGAGGGAUUUGAAUAAGUGGGUAGCAGUGGCGCGGAAGACGGUAAGCGGGUGGAAAGAAGUGGUGGAGGUGAUCAUGGCAGAAGCAUGUGCAGCUCACACAGAUAAGGAGAAAGGGGAGGGAAAGGAGAGGGAGGAGAACCCAGACAUGAGUAAGCCUAAGGCUGGCAGGCGUAUGUCGACCAGCCCCAAGACGCUCGACCCUCCUUGCGAGAACUGCGUCCAGUGCGGCGUAAAAUGCUUGCAGGGCAAGAACGCACGCUGUGGUCCUUGUGAGUGCUCGCACAGAGCGUGCAACUUUGCUACCAAAUGCAAGGCACCUGAGGCUGCUGGGCCUGCGCACAAAGUAUGUUGCAUGGCCGAAGAACGUGCGCCGAUGGUAGAGCUGACCACGGCCGAUGACGCCGACGACUCUGGCGAGUCUAAGGUUGAGGUCGUGGAGGUGCCGAAGAAAGCAUGUCCUGUGCCCAGGCCGGUGAAGCCAUUGCCUGAGCGCCCUGUCGCUGGGCCUUUGAGGGUUUGCGUGGAUGAUUUGGAGCUCGAGUGCCUGAGCGCUGACAACGAGCGUCUUUGGGUGGAGGUCGACAGGUUGCACACCUCACAGGAGGACUACGACCAUUUCGUGUGGAACCUCAACUACCAGGCCCGCAAACACCAGCAAGAGCUCAUCGCGAUGAGCAAUUGUCUCUACUUAUUUUUGGAUGAAUGGAGGGUGAUGGGGCAGGAGAUGGAUGACUUCAUUGUGGGGCAGGAGCAGGCGCGGAAGUAG